AUGGCGGCCGUAGUGAUCAGAUCCAUUGCCAGAACCUUGAAGCGGCCAGCCACCGCAGCCUCAGCCGCUUACUCCACCGGUGGUUGUACUUGUACGAGCAAGAAGCUAGAAGGUAAAGUAGCUCUCAUAACCGGCGGUGCAAGCGGGUUAGGUAAAGCAACCGCCGCCGAGUUUCUCCGGCACGGUGCCCGAGUCGUGAUCGCCGACUUAGAUGCGGAAAGCGGGAUUAAAGCCGCCAAGGAGCUAGGCCCGGCGGCAGAGUUUGUGCGUUGCGACGUCACGGUGGAAGCGGAUGUCGCCGGAGCCGUGGAAAUGACGGUGGCAAAGCAUGGGAAGCUAGACGUGAUGUAUAACAAUGCUGGGAUUGUGGGACCCAUAAGUCCGCCGAGCAUAUCAGAGCUUGAUAUGACGGAGUUCGAGAAAGUGAUGAGAAUUAACGUUAUCGCCGUUGUCUCCGGCAUUAAACACGCCGCCAAGGUUAUGAUUCCGGCUGGGUCAGGAUGUAUCUUGUGCACUUCAAGCAUAGCAGGCGUGCUUGGAGGGUUCGCCCCACAUUCAUACACAAUAUCGAAAUUCACAAUCCCCGGAAUAGUGAAAUCGGCGGCGAGCGAGCUCUGCGAACACGGCGUGCGUAUCAACUGUAUAUCACCGGCUACGGUCGCGACGCCGCUCACUCUCCGUUACCUUAGGAAAGUGUUCCCAAAGGUGACGGAUGAGAAACUCCGUGAGACGGUAAAAGGGAUGGGUGAGCUAAAAAGAGCAGAGUGCGAAGAAGCUGACGUGGCUAAAGCUGCUCUGUAUCUGGCCUCCUCCGACGGUAAAUACGUUAGCGGCCAUAACUUGAUCGUCGACGGUGGCAUGACUGCUUUCAAAAUCAAUGGUUUUCCUUUUCCUUCUGAUUCAUGA